UAACUUGUAUAAUUUGUACUAAUCUUUAUUGAAUAGGGACCCAACUUCCCGUGAUAAAUAGUGAAUUUGCCAGUGACAUUGGCAGUGACAAUUGACAUUUGUUUUCAAUUUGUUCAAAAAUAUUCUUGGAUAUAUAAGAGUGUUGUGCUGUGUUCGAUACCUAUACCUAUUUGUUUAAACGAAAUUAAUAUCUGUUAUUUAUUUGUGGAUUUAAUAUGUGUAAAUAUAUCUAGAGACACACAUUUUUAAUAAGCAAAUAAAUUGUACUAGCAGAAAAUCUUAUUACAUCAUAUGAUGUCGGAAGACAGGCGAAGUAAGCACCCUGUGGAAUUGGCUUCAUUGGAGCCUGGAGUGAGAGUUAAGCAGCUGGCUAACUAUGGGACCAUGGUCGAGAUAGAUAUCAAUGUACCACCGCGAAGAUACUAUAGGUCAGGUUUGGAGAUGGUCAGGAUGGCCAAUGUCUACCAUGCUGAGGGAAGUUUAGAGAAUGCGUACAUAUUGUACAUGAAAUUCAUGACAUUGUUUCUGGAGAAGAUCCGCAAACAUCCAGACUACCCCACAGUGCCUGCGCAGAUGAAAGCGGUGAACCAGGCCAUGCUGAAAGAGGUCAUCUCUAAAGCAGAGAAGCUCAAGCAGAAGUUGUUAGAUCAUUACACUACAGAACAUGCUCAUUACGUGGAAAAUGAGGCAAAAAGGAAGAAGUCUGAAGAGGAGCGCAGAAGACAGGAGCGUGAUGAUGCAAAGUUAGCGGAGCGUUUGCAAGCCGAUGAAAAUAAGAGUCACUCCCAUUCCAAUAAACCUCAUCUUACUCAUGUGGAUGAGUGGGCGGUGUCGCCGUCGGCGCCGCCGGUGGACGGCGUGCUGUACCCGGACGACUUCGCCAGCUCCCCGCCCCGCGCGCCCCUCAUACCGCCCUCCAGGCCACAUCACGAGGAGAGCGGCAUCACGUCAGUCCUACCGCCGCUGUCGGCGUCGCAGAGCGUGCGCACCGUGGUAGUACCCUCGGUCCUACUGAGCCGGUUCCUGACACUCGCCGCCUCCAACACCAAGCAGAACAUUGAGACUUGCGGCGUGCUUGCGGGGCGACUGGAGCGCGAUCAGCUGAAGAUAACGCACGUGGUCGUGCCCAAGCAAUCGGGCACGCCGGACUCGUGCGUCACCAACAACGAGGAGGAGAUCUUCUACUACCAGGACCAGCACAGCCUCAUCACCUUAGGAUGGAUUCACACGCACCCGACUCAGACGGCGUUCCUGUCGUCGGUGGACCUCCACACGCAGUGCUCCUACCAGCUCAUGAUGCCCGAAGCUAUCGCCAUAGUCUGCGCGCCCAAAUAUGAUGAGACGGGAUUUUUCGCGCUGACUCCGGACUACGGCAUGAACUUCAUCGCGAACUGCCGCCAGACCGGUUUCCAUCCCCACCCCAAGGACCCCCCUCUAUUCUAUGAAGUAAAACACAUAAUCCUGGACGAUAAAGCGCCGGUAGAAAUGGUGGACCUGAGGACUACCAUUGUCACCAUGAGGUGAAUACAACCAUAAGAUUAAUAAGUAAAUAAUUCUAGGGUUCCUUUGUAAGCCGUGUGUUCACUCGGCGCUUCCUUACUAGCCUUUUAAAAGUUGAAUUGUUUUAUCUCGUGUAAAAAUGUUGCAAUGAGUAAAGAUCGGAUGUUUGUGUAUUUACUCUUGAAGUGUUUGACAAUUGUGGAAUGAACUUUUUCUAUAUACUAAUCAUUAUAUGGGCAUGCCUUAUUGUAGCGCUCGUUUUCGAAUCGCGCUAUAAUCUCACAUCGAGUGUACCUACAUAGCACUUCCUGCGAAAGCCUUUUUAUGUAAUAAAAAAUAAAAAGGCAACUUCAUUAAGUUUCAUUACAUAUUUAGUAUAUUUUUUUAUGAACAAUAUAAAAUUGAGGUCUUUAGAUCUAAAUCCCUGAUCGUAUUUUUUUUCAUCAUAGAAUGAAAUAUACAUCCCAAUAUCCGAUCUAUAAGAAGUAAGAGAAAGAUGAAACAUUUGCCACAUUUUUUAAAACCCAGUGAAUACACGCCUUUAAAUCAUAAGUAUUAAAAUAGAGGUAUCGUAUUUAUUGUUUACCAAAAUUAUACUGUUAAAUGUAGUUAGGUGUGUUCAAAUGUUAGAAUAUUUAUCUUGCAAAGCAUUUAUUUCCAUUUACGCUUUAAUUUAGUGUAGUGAAAAUACCCGGCAAGGCGUGGAUGGGUCGUUGGCAUAAUUCGGAAGUCAAUGGUUUAGAAAUUGGUAAUGAUGUGGAUGGCAUAAAGUGAAAGAGGCCUAUAUCUAAAGGGCUGCCGUCGACGAUGAUUAUGACUGAAAGGCCAAAGGUUUGCGCUGAUAUAGUCAUUCGGUUAUUGUUUUGUUCAUAAACCAUGGGGCCGAUAGACAUUAUUCUAGGAGCUUGGUGGGAUAUUUUUAUCCUGUGAAUGUAUUAUUACAUUCCCAUGCUAUUUGCUACGGUAAUCUGGAUUUUAUGUUGUUGAUUUUUAGGAAUACUUUAGUGUGUCUUGUUAAUUUUAUCAAUAGAUCUAGACUACUAAAAUACAAGGUAUUAUAAAGAUCUUAAUCAAAGUCAUAUUCAGGCUAUAGAUUAUAAAUUUAUUGUUAAAUGCAUUGUUAUAAGAAUGUUCCAUCACAAGAAAUAUUCAUAAAUAUAUUUAUUCCGAAAGAUUAACUCUGUUUAGUAUAUUUUACAGGCUUUAAUUUAUUUAAGACAGACAAUAAGCGGCUAUAUAAAUACAUCUACAUUAUGCCUUAACAAUAAUUUGAAAAUAUCGCAUCGAAUGAAUCUUCACAUUAUUCUCAUCAAAAUUUACAUGAUUUGAUUACUUAUUCACAAAAUUUUUGGGUUUUUGAGUGGAGACGGAAUUUUCUGUUAGCUAAAAAAAUUUCAGUGAUGGUUGUAGUGAGGGCUUUAUAUGUAUUUGUGAUAAUAUGUAAGAGGCACAGCCGAAGACUGAAGCUUAGAUUAACAAAUUAAAAAAUAUUAAAUCGAUGUAUAUUAACGUUUGACGUCUGGGGUUGAUGUUGUGAUUAUGUGUAAAGUGAUUACUUAUACUGCACACGCUAUUUAUAUAAAAUAUAAUGUUAACAAAAUGUACCUCUAAUAUAUUUCUUAGGCUGGAUUUACUUGAUGUGUAUUCGUACGCAUAUAAAAUAAUAUUGGUUUCGAGUUGCCAUAUUUAGUGCCUAGCAUUUAUUUGUAUUAUAUUAUGCCGGCUACACACUGUCGCGGAUCAGUUCGCCGAACUUGGCGUAUACGACAUACAUUGUUGGUUUUUCAUUGCAGUAAAUAAAAGCACUCAUACAAACUACGCAAUGUUCAUGCAUUCGCGUCGGCAUGCGGCAUCUGUCCUGUAGCUUGUAGCCGGUAUUACGGUUUUUUAAAACAUGUUUAAUACUGCGCAUUUUUUUAAAAUGAUGUUGAUUUAUUUUUAUCUAAUAGACAUAUCGCUUUUCCUAUACUUUAUUAUGUCAAUUAAAAAAUGUGUGUGCAAUAACUGUGUAGUGAUAAGAACAGGGACUUGUGUAUGUGUGAUUAUUACUAAUACGGACCAAUGUGAAUAAAGUAUUCAAUUUCAAUAA